CUGAGGGCAGGACGCACAUUCACUCUGUGUGAUUGAAUACCAAAAGCAGGAGACUUUUUUUCUUUUUUAAAACCUCCAUUCGGAAACAGGAUUUCGAAUAAUCUCUUGCCUCUUUGAUGUUCCUCAAAGGAUCAGGAAAAGUUGUGACAGAUUUAGAAAGAAAAGAAGGAGACAGACAGAGCUUUGCCCCGGAGGUUCACGAGGAAGAAACAGGAGACAGAUAAAGAGGGAAGGGAUAAUCUGCGAGAGGGAGGGAGGGAGGGAAGAACACAGCUGUUGUGUGAGGAGAAAAUAAAGAUAAAGAAAGCCAGGAGGUGCAUAAGUGUGAAGGGCGAAGGAGAAGAGAUUGACGAAGAAGUUGAAGGUCAAAAGAACUGAGGAGAUUAACAGACACCUGACAUCACAUUGAACAAUGGAGACGCAGCAGGAGAAGAGGACAUACUUCCUUUGAAGAAGAAAAGAAAAGGAGCUGUGUUUGACGGGAAGAAGAGGACGCCGUUUCCUCACCAUGUUUUAUUCAGCUGGCUUCCCAAAUUCUAACAACCUGCGCCGGAAGAGCAACUUCGUCCCGGGAUAAAAUGACGAGAGGAGCGAAGAGAUACCUGCCGACUCUGUGAUACCCUCCUCCUUUCCCUCCUCACCUCUUUCCUUCCUCCCUUUCUUUCACUUUAAAUACACUCACUUCCUCCUCCUCUGCCCUGAUAUCUCCUCUCCUCUCCAUCUCCUCACUAUGUGGAUACCAGCUUUGCUCAUAUGGAUUCUUAACAGCAGCUAUCUGUGCGCAGUACAAGACUACCCGGACUAUUACGAAACUGGAGACAUGGGCACCAAGGCUCCAGAACUGUCAGAUGACCAGCCCAGUUUGGAGUCAGUGACGAGUGUGGACCAGCUUUUACAGCUUCUGUACCCAGAAUACAACCUGCUUCAGCAAUGUUUGAGGAAGAAAUCCUGGCCCUCCUCCUCUUCCUCCUCCUCCUCCUCUCUCUCUUUUUCCUCCUCCUCCUCCUCAGCGAGCCCUCUGGUCCACUCCGACCUUGAGGAUCUGUGGGGUCAGCCCCGGGAGGAGCCGCUUUUUAAAGUAGACGAGUCUUUGUCCGUCAUCUUAGAGGAGAUCCAGCGGACCUCCUGUCAGCCAAGAGAGGUGUGUGUCGAGGUGGCCAAAGAAUACCAAGAAUCCACCAGUCAGUUCUUCCUGCCUCGCUGUGUGGCGCUGCAUCGCUGCGGCGGCUGCUGCACCAACGAGGCUUACUACUGCACCAACACCAGCCACACACACGUCAACAAGACGUUAAUGGAGCUGUCCCCGCCCAGGAUGGAACGCUCCACCGUCAUGGUAACAUUCGUCAACCACACUUCCUGCGAUUGCCUCUCCAAGCGGCCGCUGCACUCCAUCAUCAGACGAGCCGUGACAGAUCACCUGUGUUCCCCACCCGAAGUUCCCUGUGCCUCGGGGUCAUUAUGGGACCCAGUGAACUGUGUGUGUGUCUCUACAGACGCCAUUAAUUACUCUGAGAGAGAGACAGGAACUAAAAACCUUUUGUUUGUCUCCACGUGGCUCUCAGAGGCGCUGGACUCGGGGCUUCUGGCUCUCUGCGGGCCGAACCGGGUUCUGCACGAGUCGUCUUGCGAUUGUGUGUGUCGCAACGGACUCACCGAGGACAGCUGCGACCCGGGCUGGAAACUGGACCACAACACCUGUGAAUGUCAGUGCGAAGGUCAAGGCGAGGGGAAGUGGUGCCCCGCCGGCCAGCGCUGGGACGAUGAUCUCUGCGGGUGUGUGUGUGCUGCAGAGUGUCCCGGGAACCAGCCAUUGAACCCCGACACCUGCCUAUGUCAGUGCAGGGAGAGUCCGCAGUCCUGUCUGCGGCAGGGCAAGAGGUUCAUGCCAAACUCCUGCAGUUGUUACAGGUUGCCGUGCAGAAAGCCCCGACGUGUGUGCCAGGAGGAUUUUUACUACAGCCACCACGUCUGCCAGUGCAUCCCCAAAUACAUGAGGCCUGAGUGGAAUUAACACACAGACAGAGCAAAAACCACCCUUCAACGUGAGGCUACAUUUAGUCCUUAAAGAAAAGGGGGAAAUGGGGGAAAUGCCUCUAAACAAAAAGGUGGAACGACACAUUUACAUACUGGAUUAUAACAGCAGCUUGGAGGAGUUUUAUUAAUGCUCACUGUGCUGGGGAUGCUUUCAAGUGGCACAGGAAAGGCAGAAAACUUGUAAAAGUGGAGAAAAUUAGGAUGUAUUUGACUCUGAGACCUCUGACUGGAAGUAGGUAAUCACACCUGCUUAAAAGCUCCACAGCAGCGCAGGGGAAUGGACCAAUCAGACUCCGAGGCAGCGUUUACCCCUGCUGCAACGUGUUGGAGCAAGACAUUCAACCACUUAUGACUGUGUGAAAUGGAAAGUGGAAUAAAAUAAUGACAGACUAGACUCCAUGCUCCUCAUUUUUAAGAUUAAAUAUGCUGCAGGCACUUUGGCAGUGGUGGGAUAUUUGAGAGGUUGAAGGAUUUAUUUUGCAUAUGUGAUGUUGCCGGGCUCUCCACUUGGAAAUGGUGACAGUAUGUUUUGGUGAUGCACCAGAGGCUGUUUCCAACACAAGAUCUUUUUUGAACAACAAAAGAUAUUGAGUAACGUUUUUUUCUUUUUACAUUAAAGUCCUAAUUAACGCAUUUUCCUUCAGCCUUUUGCUUGAGAAAGAUUUUUUAUGCCAGAACUUGUUUAAUCAAACGCUCAUUUAAACCCUCCCAAACAUCUAUUAGGCCUAUAUCAUCCAUGUUCUACUUGCCUCCACUGUAGAGCUGCAAGUGUCUGAAUCACAAUCAAUGGGCACCCUUCAAGUAAUUUAACUUCACACUGUAUUUGUAAAUAUUUAAACUUUGUCAUAUUUAACACUGAUAUUUUAAAGAUGGAAUCAUAUGUAUUUAAGUCUCUAUCCUAGCUUAAUGUUGUUUUGCGUUGAUAAAUCCUUGUAGGCUAUUCUGCAGUUUGUAAUAAUUAUGAAAUAUUGUGUUUUUAAUUGUCUGCACUGCAAGGUUAAUCUGAACAGUACAUAUACUAUAAAGCUUUAAAGAAUCCUGAUUUAGGGCUACACGUUGGGAUGAAGAUGUAAUGCCAUGUAGAGAUGAUUGCAGCAUUCGUGCUAUGGCUGUAAAGAGAAACGUCUUUUAUCAUGCUACUAUUGAAUAUUUAAAGUAAUUUUGAAGUAUUAAAAGCCUUCUCUGACUGAUAAA